CAACUGAUGGCAUGGAUGAUGAUGGUGGCAAACACCACAUGUUAUGUAUCCUAGACAAUGCCGAGGAUGCUAUCCAGGCUGGUGCUGAUAAAGAUCUCCAACUACAAGAUGUUGUGGAGCAACUGCUUCGACUACAACCUCAUGUCCAUGUCCUACUGACAAGUCGUGUUUACUUUGACCUACACGCUGCCCAGUUUAAACUACAACAACACCGUCUUGAUGGUCUGACAAAGGUUUGUGCUGUUGGUCUUCUCCAUGGUCUAUGUGUUGAAGGUAGUGUGAGCAUUGAAGACGCACAGAGGUUAGUGGAUCAUUGUGGAAAUGUCCCACUUGCUGUACGCAUUACAGCUGGUCUUCUACAAGGUGGUCGAUUAACUCCAACCAGGCUGCUAUCGUUGUUCAAGAAGAUUGGUCUUGAUGUGUUCAACGAUGAUGGUCUGAAACCGAAUCAUCGAAUUCUGCAGCUGUUGAAAGUAGCAUACAACACACUACGUCAGGAUGACAAAGAAUCAUUCCAUGCUUUCUCUCAGCUGCACUCCUCCUUCUCAUCUAAAUGCGCUUGUGUGAUGGUGGAUUUUGUAGGUGAUGAUGUUGAUGUGGUUCAUCUUCUACGUUUUGAUCCGUUGAUCAAGAUUUGUUUCCUGGAUUACAAUUCGUGUUUGGAUCGCUACUCGUUACAACCAUUUAUCGCCGAGUUUGGUCGUUACCAAUGCCCAGAAGACAAGCAACACAUGUACCAACGGCGAAUGUGCAAGCAUUUCCUUGGCUUUGUGAAGGAAGUUGAUGGCUGUAAGGGUUGUGGUGCAGACAAAGCAGUGUAUUGGAGUUACCAAUUGCUUCAGGAACAGGUGAAUAUACAGAUGGCAUUGUCUGUUGUUGAUGUUGUGUCUGGCGAUGACUUGCUUCCUUUCUCUGGAUCAGCAGGGUGGUCGGGUAUCCUACUUGCCUUGUUUGGGAGAGCAAUGUUUGUUGGAGAGUUUGUGGACAGGAUACAAAGAUUGGACAAAGCACCGCUAUCUGUACAAGCUGACAGCAUUUGCACCUCGGUCCUGUGUUGUAUUUGCCGUCAAAGCAUUGCAAAUUCUGAUGUCACUUUUGAGAGUUCGGAUUCCAGAACCCAAAUGCUCCUGGAGAAAUCUGAACAAGAACCGACAGGAGUGGGGUCACCGCUGCAGCUACUUUUGAUGCAACUUUCUCUGGAGUCAUGCAGGCUAUCCAUGUCUCUGGACAUCAACUGCAGGGAAGGACAGGUUGAGCCCAGCCAGGAAACACUAUCCCGUCUUCAGGUGGUGUACCAGCGUGUUACAACAACACUGAGAAUUGGUCUUGCAACAGGUGUCACUGAAUGUGCCCUGAAACUCAUUCAACUGUAUUGUUCCACUCUGCUAAACAAGGAUAUACCCAAUGUACAGGUGGUAGAAGACCUUGCUGAGAGAGUGAUGUCAUCACACUUCCUAUCACAGGAUGGUGCACUCGCUUCAUGUACUGCAAUGUACGACUUUCUGCUACAAUGCAUUGCUGUGAUCCUGGGCAAGGUCAUGUCAAGUUUCUGCAGCAGUGAGUGGAUUAUUUCACCAUCAUUGAUUACAACACUGGGUAUACCACUGUGCAAGUGGAAACAUGUACCAACUGCUAUCAGCCGCACGAUCAAUACCCAUGACGACCACACUACUGUGUCUGCUCUUCAGUUACAACGGUACCUGUACUGCAUGGAUAAUGACACAGUAACCACACUACUGGACAUGUACGUGGGUGGUAUGUACAACCACCUGUACAUAUCCUUGGUAGUUAAUGGAAGGGCACACACAACUCCAACGGGUCUCACUCUACCAGCACAGCAUCACUUCAACAUUGUGAUGGACUAUGUCAGGAGAUGGUGUCAUGGCUCAAAUCCAGCAGAUCACACAACAGCACUGAUUAACAACUGUAGCCAGAACAAGGUACCUGAUCUGGAAGUGGUGCAGUCUUGUAUACUGACGGCUAGAGAACUGCUCAAUAUGGAGAAUACGAUCUUGGCGAGUGAUGUUAGUUCCAAACUCUUCCCAGCGUUGAAGUCAUUAGUUAAUGAUCUCAGUGCUUGCUUGCCAAGCAAGUGUGCAACUGGUCUGUCAGUGUCUGGAAUUGUGUACUUACCACACUAGCUGGAGCCUUUUCUCUAGUAUACUACUCUCUCCUUGCUGCCCUACACCGUCAAUCCAAGAGAGGCCGUGUGAGCAUUGAUCACCACAUUUUACUACUGGAAUGGUGUCCACGUGUAGCAGCAUGCUUUGUCUGCUAUGACCUGGACAACAUCACAGCAUGUCCUCGUUGUGGCGUGGCUUACCUGUGUGGCAAACAUCGUCAAACUGAUGAACACCUAAGUGAACACAACCAACACUGUGCUAUGCUGGCAGCACUCAGACAUCGCAUACUACAGGCUAGGUGAGUUUCUGAAAAUCUCUACUGGAUAGUGUUUAGCAGUUGAGAUUGGUGAAAGUGACCAGCACUGGACAGGGAUCGUUUCAAGCAGCUACUGCAGUAAGAGAUACUCCAACAGCACACUACCUGUCAUUGAUCACAACACUGUGACAUCACUUGUAUAGACAUGAUGUAUACAGAUUGUCUAUGACACACAGUGUUGUGUUACUAUGUAGAUACAAUGAUCAACUGAACAACAUGUACUGUCUAGUCCAGUCUACUGUGGUAUCAGUUUUACUGAAUGUGUUCAUGUCUACUCUCACCUACUGUUUUUACACUAGUCACUGUACAGAAUAGUUACCGGUAUGUCAGUUAAACCUGGAAAACUAUACUCUACAAAUGUUUAUACUGCAAUGUAUAUUGUCAUAGCAGUGUCAGCCAUACCCUGUACAUACAGGUUCAUGCUACUAUCCUUGAGAUACACAUCAUAUUUUACUCUGGUAUUGAAAUCUAGCAGCACUGCUAGCAUUCGUGUGACCAGCAAGAAAUACCCGUUGUGUGCUAUCAUGCCAAGUCAUAAAAUCAUCAUGAAUGUAGCCAUGGCUCGACCCGAGCACACAGACUUCAGCCCUUCCAUACCGUU